AUGGGUCCAUGCACAAUAUGUGGCAAUGACGACCUUAGAGAAAAGUUUCACAAACUAAUACCAAAUCUUUUGCUUAAAGCUAUGCAAAGUCCUGCCACUCCAAAUUUAAAGGUUAAACUUAGUUUAAAUGAUCAACUUUGUCAAAAACAUUAUACUGAAUUGGUAGUAUUUGAUAGAAAUUUAAGCCCAAAUAACCAAUGCAGUUCUGCUGAUAAUAUUUCACUUGAACAUAGUGAAAAAAUAAUGGUUGAACAAUUAGAAAUAGGAAAUGGUGUUUAUAGAUCAAUAAAAUCUGUUUUAGAUAUCUUGCUUCCUAUUUGGAAACAUUCUUCUCCGCCAAUUCUUAUUUCAGAAGAUACGAAUAGAUUAAAACUUGGAGAUAAUGGCUAUAAUGUAGGUCACAAACAAAACUAUGUAAUGAUAACAUUUUGUCUUUUAAAUGAGGGUAGUCAAGUUUUAAAGCCUGAUUAUCAAUAUUGGUAG